UUUGGAUUUGACAGUAUGAUGUUUGGUCGUCUCCAUUACGAGGAUGAUGAAAUUCGUAGAAACACGUCACAAAGAGAAAUCAUAUGGAAGAGCAGUCCAUCCCUGGGCAACAUUGCUGAUAUAUUUACUGAAGUAUUGUACGGACAUUAUGCUGCUCCUCAUGGUUUCUGCUUUGAUUUAAGAUGCAAGGACCCUCCAAUUAUGGAUGAUAAUAAUUUGUAUGAUGAUAAUGUGAAGAGUAGGGUGGAUGAGUUUAUAGAAGCUGCACUAACUCAA